UGCAAUAUCCUGAUUGAGAGAGUUUAUCCUUACUUUUAUGUCGGUGCAGGUUUCUGCCUUCUUGGCAGGGUUGUUCCAUUCCGGUUUGAUCAGGAGGGCGCUAGUUGUCGCCCCUAAGACACUUCUCACUCAAUGGAUCAAGGAGCUUUCGGUUGUCGGCCUCAGCCACAUGAUCUACGAGUACUAUGGUUCCAACAUGAAUAUUCGUGAUAAUGAGCUUCAACAUGCCUUCAAGGAGGGAGGUAUCGUAUUGACAACAUAUGAUAUUGUCCGGAUCAAUUACCAUCUAAUAAGAGGUGACUUCUAUAAUGAUGCCGGCGACGAGGAGGAGGAGGACUUUUGGAAUUAUGUUGUUCUUGAUGAGGCACAUUAUAUCAAGAACCCCAAUACACAAAGAGCCCAAAGCUUAUUUGAAAUAUCUUGUGUCCAUCGGAUUGCCAUUAGUGGAACACCUAUUCAAAAUAACUUGAUGGAAAUGUGGGUGAUUUUAAAUUUUUGUUGCCCAGAAGCCUUGGGUGAUAAGGAAGAGUUCAGAACAAGGUAUCAACGGUCUAUCAGUCGUGGAAAUGACAAGAACGCUAGCAAUCGAGAGAAGCACAUAGGGUCAAAUGCAGCGAAGGAAUUAAGAGAACGGAUAAAGCCAUAUUUCUUGCGACGCAUGAAAAGUAAAGUGUCCCUUGAGACUGGGUUGACAGGUGAUAAAAAGCUUCCAAAGAAGGAUGAGCUAAUUAUCUGGCUGAAAUUAACAGAUUGCCAGAGACGUCUAUAUAAAGCUUUUCUUAACAGUGAGCUAGUUCAAUUUGAAUCGGAAGGAAAUCCCUUGGCUGCUCUUAAUGUAUUGAAAAAAAUAUGUGAUCACCCACUGAUAUUAACUCAGAGAGCUGCUGAGGACAUCUUGGAAGGCAUGGAUGGAGAUUUUAGUACUCGGGAUAUAGUGAUGGUUGAAAAAAUGGCCAUGAACCUCACAGAUAUGGCUCAUGAUGAUGAUGCAGUACAAUUCAGUCAGGAAGUCUCAUGCAAGUUAUCUUUUAUCCUGUCUUUGUUGCCGAAUCUUCUUGAAGAGGGCCACCAUGUUCUGAUAUUUUCUCAGACUCGUAAAAUGCUAAACUUUAUUCAGGAAGCUAUAAUAUUAGAGGGCUACGACUGUUCUCGCAUGGAUGGUGGCAUCACUGGUAUUUCCGAGAGGGAAAGGAUUGUGAAGCAUUUUCAAGAGGGCUAUGGAGGUCAAAUAUUUUUACUGACCACAAAAGUCGGUGGUCUUGGACUUACACUCACCAAGGCAGCUCGUGUCAUACUAGUUGAUCCUGCAUGGAAUCCAAGUACAGAUAAUCAGAGCAUUGAUCGGGUUGAUCGAAUUGGACAGACCAAAGAAGUGAUUGUGUACCGCUUAAUGACCUCUGCAACUGUCGAAGAAAAGAUGUAUAAAUCGCAGGUCCUCAAGGGUGCUUUGUUUAGGGCAGCCACGGAGAAGAAAGAACAGAGACGUUACUUCAGCCAGAGUGAAAUUCAAGAGCUUUUUAGUCUGCCGAAACAAGGUUUUGAUGUUUCCCUUACCCAGAAACAAUUGCAAGAAGAGCAUGGAGAGCAGCUUGACAUGGACGAGUCGUUGCGGGAGCACAUCCAGUUUCUGGAGAAGCAAGGAAUAGCAGGUGUGAGUCAUCACAGCCUCCUAUUUUCAGAAACAGAAAUCUUGCCGAUGUUGAGUGAGAACGAUGCUCCGGGCAGGGGUGCCCAUGCUAAGCCAAAGGUCGAGUGCUUCACUGCUAAAACACACUUGGCAGGCAAGAACACAGAUUCAGAUAUCCCCGAAGAAAUCAACCGGCUGUCGGAAACCCUCGCAAGCACGACGCUGGAGCCGAGGCUGCCUCAGUGUGGAGACAGGACAUAUGGUUUGGAUGACGAAAAGCUGGCGGUGAUCGCCGAGUCGUCGUCGUCGCCGUCCAAGGAAGUGGUCUGCUAA